GGCGACUACAACUUCGACCCCCUGGGGAUCUCGGAGCGAUGCCCGCAGUACCUGCCCUGGUUCCGCGAGGCCGAGCUGAAGCAUGGGCGGGUCGCCAUGCUGGCGUGGGUGGGCCUCGUCGUUCCGGAGAUUGUCCGCAUCCCUGGUCCAGCGGACUGCUACACCGCGAGCGUGGUCGACGCCCACGGCAAGUGCGUGCUGACCGAGAGCGUGGAGCUGGGCGGACCGCUGUUCCAGGUGUUCCUGCUGUGCGGGAUCAUCGAGAUGACCACCACGUAUCCGAAGGCUUGCAAAACGGGCAACGAGCUGACCCUCGAGAAUGCCGGCGACUACCAGCUUGGCCUGAACUUCUUCCCCAAGGGCGAGCUGAAGCAGAAGGAGAUGAAGCUCAAAGAGCUGAAGAACGGCCGUCUGGCCAUGAUCGCCUUCGGCGGUGCCAUCACUCAGGCCGUGCUCUCCGGGAACAACUUCCCGUGGGUCUACGCCAGCGGCCGCGCGGAGCGGACGGCCUCGGGGCUCUCCUCCAGCGUGCCCG